CUCCCUCCAUUCUCCAUUUCAUCUCGCUCGCUUUCGCUUUCUCAGCUUAUUACCACUUCCCCCUCCCCUCGCCCUCCCUUUCACCGCCUCGCUCUCCUCCCCUCGCCUGCCUUUGCAGAAAGAAAGGCGCCCCGGCCCGAACCCACACCAACACCAGCAGCCGAGCUGAGCUGAGCACCCGUCGAGGAAUCGACGACAAGAAAAGAGAGCCAGCGAGCGAGAGAGAGAUAAAAGGCGCGAGGGAGGGAGGAAGGGAAGGCUACAGCAGCGGAGACAGAGGGAGAUACCACCAGCACCAGGCCAGCCAGCCAGGCCCGGCGCUCGGAAAGUGCGGAGCCGUUUCCCCUCCACCUCCACUCUCUCCAGGGCCACACCCCACCCAGCUCCUGCUCUACCUCGCUGCCCGCCACCCACCGCGUACGUGCGUACGUGCGGGCGCUCGCCAUGUCGUCUCCCGCCGGCGGGUACGGCGGCGGCGCCGAGGCCCACCACCACCAGCCGCAGCACAACGGCCACAUGCUGCUUCAUAACCAUGCACACCACAUGGCGGCCGCGGCCGCCGCGGCGUCGGGCGGGCAGCUCUACCACGUGCCGCAGCACAGCCGUCGCGAGAAGCUCCGCUUCCCGCCGGACGCCGCCGCGGACGACUCGCCCCCGACCCCUCUCGCCCACCACCACCACCACCAGCAGCAGCAGCACCAGGCCGGGGCGUGGCCGCCUCCGGCCUUCUACUCCUACGCGUCCUCCUCCUCCUCCUACUCGCCGCACAGCCCGACGAUGCCGCAGGGCCAGCAGCUGGUUCUCAACGGGCUCACCGCCCAGCAGGUCACCGCGCAGCAGUUCCCGCAGAUCCCCACGCAGAACUUCUCGCUCUCCCUCUCCUCCGCCUCCUCCAACCCCGCCACCACGCCCCCGGCGCCCAGGAAGCAGGAGCCAGGAGCCGCCGCGCCGGCCGCGGGGCCGUACGGGCCCUUCACCGGCUACGCCACGGUGCUCGGGCGAUCCAGGUUCCUCGGCCCGGCGCAGAAGCUGCUCGAGGAGAUCUGCGACGUGGGAGGCGCGGCCGCGCACGUCGACCACAGCGUCCCGGACGAGGGCCUCCUCGACGCGGACGCCAUGGACGGCGCCGACGACGCGGCCGGCCACGAGCUGGACACCUCCGGCCCCAUGUCCGGCGCCGAGCAGCAGUGGAAGAAGACUCGGCUCAUCUCCAUGAUGGAAGAGGUGUGCAAGAGGUACCGGCAGUACUACCAGCAGGUGCAGGCCGUGAUCGCCUCGUUCGAGAGCGUGGCCGGGUUCAGCAACGCCGCCCCGUUCACGGCGCUGGCGCUGAGGGUGAUGGCCAGGCACUUCAGGUGCAUCAAGGGCAUGAUCCUCAGCCAGCUGCGCAACACCAGCAAGAUGCCCGUCAAGGAAGGCAUGAGCAAGGACAUCACCAUCUUCGGCCUCGGCGGCGGCGGCGCCCCCGUCGGCGGCUUCCAGAGGGGCGGCAGCGUGAACGGCUUCGGCCAGCCGCACAACAUCUGGCGCCCCCAGAGGGGCCUCCCGGAGCGCUCCGUGACGGUCCUCCGGGCUUGGCUCUUCGAGCACUUCCUGCACCCGUAUCCUACUGACGGCGACAAGCAAAUGCUGGCCAAGCAGACGGGCCUAACAAGGAAUCAGGUGUCGAACUGGUUCAUCAACGCGAGGGUGAGGCUCUGGAAGCCAAUGGUGGAGGAGAUCCACAACCUGGAGAUGAGGCAGGUCCACAAGCACUCGCCGCACGACAAGGGCCAGCAGCACGGCGCCCACGGCCAGGCUCACCAGCACUCGUCGCAGCAGCAGCAGCAGCAGCGCAGCGGCAAGCGGUCCGAGCCCUGCGACUCGCACCCCGGCCAGAGCAGCGGCGUCACCAGGAACCACCACCACCACCACAACGCCGCCGCCGCCGCCUCCUCCCACGGCGGUGGCUUCCCGGACGACCUCUCCCAGAUGUCCCACUCCAUGCAGCAGGGCCAGGUGACCUUCACCGGCUACGGCGCGCUGCCCUCCCACCACCAGCAGCAGCACGGCGGCAUGGCGUCGCCGCAGCACCACCACCACCAUCACGUCGGCGUCGGCGGGGCGGGGAAUGCUGGCGGCGGCGGCGGCGGCGUGUCGCUCACCCUCGGCCUCCACCAGAACAACAGGGUCUGCUUCGGGGAGCCGCUGCCGGCCAACCUCGCGCACCGGUUCGGGCUGGAGGACGUGGUGAGCGACCCCUACGUGAUGGGCUCGUUCGGCGGCGGCCAGGACCGGCACUUCGCCAAGGAGAUCGGCGGCCACCUGCUCCACGAUUUCGUCGGCUGAUCGCCGCUGCCGGUGCUCAGCCCAGCUCGCUCCCCGCUGAUGCACAUUUGUUGUAAUGUACGCACGCACGCACUACUAGUAUGCUAGGAUGGUAUAUAGUAAGUCAAUCAUCACAAUCACUUGGCGGCUCGGCUCCAUGAUCGGUCGACAUGAGCACGGUCGAUUCCUUCGGAGGGCGGAUGAAACAUUGACGUGCCCUCUCCCAUGUACUAAGAUCCAAAAUUCAAAAGGCUGUCCAACAUUCAAACACCCUGUGGGCUACACAGAGCUUGAAAAUCACCUUGUUCCAAA